CACAUUGUUGCACGAAACUCCGGAGCAGGAGUCCCGGGCCGCCGCUAGCACCGCCGUGUCAUCAAGCGAAGAUCCGUGGGCAAGAGCAGCACGCGUGUUGAGCCGGAGAGGUCCGCUCGCUCAAGUGAGGCCGGACUGAGAUUCUUCCCAAGUUGAGCCUUUGGUGAUUCUGUGGUGAAGUUAGCGCCUUGGCGGCGGGGCCACCCCGACACGUCGCCAGGAGUGAUUUUUGGGCGCCUUCUGGGAAUUCGGACUCCCAAAACCUGUUUCUGGAGACCCUAGACUCUCCCGCCAGGCGUGCCAUCGCCUUCUUUUUGUGCCGCCCGGAUUCACUGCUCCCGGCCGGGCCGCCAAGCCCGGAUACAAAGCGGUCGGACCGCGCUGCCCUCCGCCCCCGCACGCGCUCCAGCCUCGGUUUCCCAACUCGGCGCCGACGGGCCGCGGCAGGAUGAUCGCCUCACAUCUGCUCGCCUACUUCUUCACGGAGCUCAACCAUGACCAAGUGCAGAAGGUCGACCAGUAUCUCUACCACAUGCGUCUUUCUGAUGAGAACCUUCUGGAGAUCUCUCAGCGGUUCCGCAAGGAGAUGGAAAAAGGGCUUGGAGCCACCACCCACCCCACUGCUUCAGUGAAAAUGCUGCCCACCUUUGUGAGGUCUACUCCAGAUGGGACAGAACAUGGAGAGUUUCUGGCUCUGGACCUUGGGGGGACCAACUUCCGUGUGCUUCGUGUAAGAGUAACAGACAAUGGGCUCCAGAAGGUCGAGAUGGAGAACCAGAUCUAUGCCAUCCCUGAGGACCUCAUGCGAGGCAGCGGCACCCAGCUGUUUGACCACAUUGCUGAAUGCCUGGCUAACUUCAUGGAUAAGCUACAAAUCAAAGACAAGAAGCUCCCCUUGGGUUUUACUUUCUCAUUCCCCUGUGUCCAAACGAAGCUAGAUGAGAGUUUCCUGGUGUCCUGGACCAAGGGGUUCAAGUCCAGUGGCGUGGAAGGCAAAGACGUGGUUACUCUGAUCCGGAAGGCCAUCCAGAGGAGAGGGGACUUUGAUAUUGAUAUUGUGGCCGUGGUGAAUGACACAGUUGGGACCAUGAUGACCUGUGGUUAUGAUGACCAGAAUUGUGAGAUUGGUCUCAUUGUGGGCACGGGCAGCAAUGCCUGCUACAUGGAAGAGAUGCGCCACAUUGACAUGGUGGAGGGCGACGAGGGGCGGAUGUGUAUCAACAUGGAGUGGGGGGCCUUUGGGGACGACGGCACACUUGAUGACUUCCGCACUGAGUUUGAUCAGGAGAUCGACAUGGGCUCCCUGAACCCUGGGAAGCAACUAUUUGAGAAGAUGAUCAGUGGGAUGUAUAUGGGUGAACUGGUGAGACUUAUCCUGGUGAAGAUGGCCAAGGAGGAGCUGCUUUUUGGGGGGAAGCUCAGCCCAGGGCUCCUCGCCACUGGCCACUUUGAGACCAAAGACGUUUCAGAUAUUGAAGGGGAGAAGGACGGCAUCCGGAAGGCCCGUGAGGUGCUAGUGCGGCUGGGCAUAGACCCGACGCAGGAGGACUGCGUGGCCACUCACCGGGUGUGCCAGAUCGUGUCCACACGCUCAGCCAGCUUGUGUGCAGCCACUCUGGCAGCCGUGCUGCGGCGCAUCAAGGAGAACAAGGGCGAGGAGAGGCUGCGCUCCACCAUUGGGGUUGAUGGUUCUGUCUACAAGAAGCACCCUCAUUUCGCCAAGCGUCUUCACAAGACGGUUCGGCGCCUGGUGCCCGACUGCGACGUCCGUUUCCUGCGUUCCGAGGAUGGCAGUGGCAAGGGGGCAGCCAUGGUGACAGCAGUGGCCUACCGGCUGGCUGACCAACACAGAGCCCGCCAGAAUACCCUGGAGUCUCUGAAGCUGAACCGUGAGCAGCUGCUGGAGGUUAAGAAGAGGAUGAAGGUAGAAAUGGAGCGAGGUCUGAGCAAGGAGACCCACGCCAUUGCCCCCGUCAAGAUGCUGCCCACCUACGUGUGUGCCACCCCUGAUGGCACAGAGAAAGGUGAUUUCCUGGCCUUGGACCUUGGGGGUACCAAUUUCCGCGUCCUGCUGGUACGUGUGAGGAAUGGGAAGAGGCGCGGAGUGGAGAUGCACAACAAGAUCUACUCUAUCCCACAGGAGGUCAUGCAUGGCACAGGGGAUGAGCUUUUUGACCACAUCGUGCAGUGCAUCGCCGACUUCCUUGAGUACAUGGGCAUGAAGGGCGUGUCCCUGCCUCUGGGUUUCACCUUCUCCUUCCCCUGCCAGCAGAACAGCCUGGAUGAGAGCAUCCUCCUCAAGUGGACUAAAGGCUUCAAGGCAUCGGGCUGCGAGGGAGAGGAUGUGGUCACCCUGCUGAAGGAAGCCAUCCACCGGCGAGAGGAGUUUGACCUGGAUGUGGUCGCCGUGGUGAAUGACACAGUUGGGACGAUGAUGACCUGUGGCUAUGAAGACCCUCACUGUGAAAUCGGCCUCAUUGUUGGCACGGGCAGCAACGCCUGCUACAUGGAGGAGAUGCGGAACGUGGAGCUGGUGGAAGGGGAGGAGGGCCGGAUGUGUGUCAACAUGGAGUGGGGGGCCUUCGGGGACAACGGGUGCCUGGACGACUUCCGCACGGAAUUUGAUGUGGCUGUGGAUGAGCUUUCUCUCAACCCUGGCAAACAGAGGUUUGAGAAAAUGAUCAGUGGCAUGUAUUUGGGCGAGAUUGUCCGUAACAUCCUCAUCGAUUUCACCAAGCGUGGGCUGCUCUUCCGUGGCCGCAUCUCAGAACGACUCAAGACAAGAGGAAUCUUUGAAACCAAGUUCCUGUCUCAGAUUGAGAGUGACUGCCUAGCCCUGCUGCAGGUCCGAGCCAUCCUGCACCACCUGGGGCUCGAGAGCACCUGUGACGACAGCAUCAUCGUCAAAGAGGUGUGCACGGUGGUGGCACGGCGGGCGGCCCAGCUCUGUGGUGCGGGCAUGGCUGCCGUGGUGGACAAAAUACGAGAAAACCGUGGGUUGGACACCCUCAAAGUGACAGUAGGCGUGGAUGGGACCCUCUACAAGCUACAUCCUCACUUUGCCAAAGUCAUGCAUGAGACGGUGAAAGACCUGGCUCCGAAAUGUGAUGUGUCCUUCCUGGAGUCCGAGGAUGGCAGCGGGAAGGGGGCGGCUCUCAUCACUGCUGUGGCCUGCCGCAUCCGUGAGGCUGGACAGCGAUAGAGUCCCUGAAAUUGGAAGGGACUUCCUGGAGUUCCCUCUCUUCCCUCCUUUAAAUUAUAAGAUGUCAUCCCCUGUGUCAGAGACAGACCCCUUGGGUUUUCUUUGGCCGAGGAAGACCCGUCGGACUGGGUGUUGUCUCUAUGUGUACUCACUGCAGAGUUCAGCGCCCAAGACUUAGCCCUCCUGAGAUAAAUAGGUUUUGAAGUAAGGACUUGUUCAUACUUGUCACAACUCUUCCUAUUGGUUCUCUGAAAACUUAAGAAGGCAAAUUUUAACCUUUAGUAAUCCCCCUGGCCAAAUUCCAUGUCCCUGUAUAAUCUCACAGAAUGGGGACACUAAUGAAAAGAUACGGUUGCUUCACCAUGGACCCUGAACGUGACAUUUCUAGGUAAAGAGCAUUCCCCAGUAUGGAGGUGGAUGUUGUUUCUGCUCUGAGAUCUGUGGGGAUCUCCAAUAACUUGAGCCUGAUCCUCCACAGGCAGAAGUGGCGGGGUGGGAGAAGAGGCAGCGAUGGAGGGAAAUCCAUGGAUAGCCAUGUGACGGCCCCUCUUUAACCUCACUUUUCAAGCCUGAUGGGUUCCAGCGAUGCUCUUCCUGGAAUUAAAGGAUCCCGAAUCUGAGCAAGCAAAAUCAAAGCCAUGAGUUGACACAUCCUGCAAGUGGGCUUGUCUUAUCUCCUUGUGGGUUCCUGAGUCAUCCAUGAGCCAUGGACCUUUGGGGGGAUGGGGAGACUUUUUUGGUCUGUUUUUAAAAUUUUUCCUGCAGAAGUGGAAACAACCCUACUUUCAUUUUAAUUUAUGUUUGAAAUUUAUUUACUUCAUGAAGUACAUCUGCUCCUUUAUCUUGACACUGUAUGUAACGAUGGGCUGUAUGUAAUGUAUUUAUAUGUCAAUUUCUUAUGUGUAUAAAUACACAGGGUGUCUUCAGACUUGGCCUCUGUAGUAGAUGAGCGUAAUUUCAGGAUGGAAGGUGAAGAUACUGACAGGUUACUAGAAAUACCUCAUUCGCCUGCGGGAAGAGAAGGGAAGCCUCUUCAAGGUGAGUGAAUGGCCAAGUAGCUCCUUCCCGGCUCCUUUUUAACCUGCAGACUCAGAAACGCGGAAGGCAGGGAACAGUGAGGGAAGCUGGGUCUAUGGACUGAAAAAACCAUAGCGACUGGCUGCUCUGUCUAGACCUUCCUGGGGCAAUAUUACCCAGGCUCUUAACCAAAGGAAACAGGAAUCAUUUCAGACAGACUCACUGCUUAGGAAUUGUCAUUCUUAGGGCAGUCAGUAGUAUUUUUUAAGCUCUCCAAGAAGAUAAAGGAAGCCACCAAAAACAUUAAAAAAAAAAAAUCUGUUAAUAGCAAACCAAAACUGAACAAUGAAACAAUCAAACAAAGAAAACCUCAGGGACAACACUUUUGGUGGAUUUGUGCCCUCCUAGCAAAAUCAGUUUGUUUCAUAAAUGUUUUAUGAGAAGCAUCGUCCAAGGGCUUCUCUAGGCUGAGCUGUUUUUAUACACAAUAUUUAUUUCAAACUGUUGGUGCGGUUGGGGGGAGUGGGGUGGCAUAAAAUCUUGUAUACUCUUACUUUUCAGGAGUGCAGUUAAUUCUGAGUCCAAAAGCCCAUUUCUUCCCUAAAAUAUGCACCCACACACACUGCAACUACAUGGUAAAGAGGGAAUGGCCCCAUAACAUUAUUGAGUAGGAAUCAAGGAUCAAAACAAGGAAGGAAAGACACGACUCAGUAGCACCCAGGUUUUGCACAUCUCUCACACUUGUACUGAGAACAAUGUUUAAGUUUGUUUAUCACUAAAGAAUGCCCAAGAAGUAGAGAUGAUUUUUAACUUUUAAACUUGAAAAUUAGGCACUGUGUAUGAAAUUGCACCUUUUUUAAAGGUAGAGCUGUGUGUGUGGCUAUUACACAUGUGUUGUUGGUUUCCAAAAAGGAAUGCUGGAAUAUGCAUUUUGAAUGUUUGUGUUCCCACAGUUAGGUAACAGUUCCUUGCUGAUGCUGCUUUGCCUGAUGUAAAUAUGGUGAAUCUCAAUCUUUGACCGGGAUGUGUUGAAUCUCAGAUUAUUGAGCACUCAGUCUAGUAAAGAUGUUGUCAUGUAUAAUAAGGAACUAGUUGAAUUAACUAUGUGAUGUUAACUAUUAAUAAAUUUUAACAUUUUUCAAAAUA